CUAAAGUGGCCUUGGAAAGGGUCGGUCUUGGCAGAUCACUUAUCAUGGUCUAGCUUACCUCGGCCAUCUUCCAAGUGCCUGGAUCAUCCCUGCAAGACUGUCCCUCUACCUGUAAGCCUUUGCCUGAAAAAGGCCUGGACGGCAGGGGUGCCUAUUACUCAGGUGGAGAAAUCACCAGCCUCCCAUUCGGCCUCACAAGGUUGCUCAGGCCUCUCUGUCUCACUGACUUGUCUCCAAGGAGGAGUGGGCAUGUGAAGACAAACAGGGACAUGUCUCAGAGAUUUAAAGCAAAGGCUAGCUGAUGGCAGUUGGGAGCCUGUGGGAAGGGGGUGUUGCAGACAGAGCCAUGAAUAAUGCUGAGGAAAAAAAAUCAUCUCUGGGUAACCAGAGGCCAUGGAGAUUAAAACUAGAACAUGUCCCAGGAUGCAACAGGACCUGUGGAGUUUCAGACCUCCAGCCCACUUCCCAGGGGGUACUCCAGGACAGUACCCCCAAUACUCAAAUUUGUACAUGUGCUCACUCUCACAAGACACACAUACUGUACAUUUGACCAAUACCCACACUCUGUCACGUGGCAAGGUUUCCAUACCACUUCAUCAGCAUAUCACACACACAGCUUGCAAGGAGUGGCUUUGACUUCCAGGACCCAAUGUAGGGACCUUAGUGGGAGAGGAUACCCAGCUUCCUGGAGGCCUGGCUGCACGUGUCAUACCUCUGACCUCAGGGACCAUGUUUCUGAAGGCCUGCAGUGGCAUAAACAGAAGUCAGUUGUGUUUUUUGCAUUCCACAUGGUGACUUUGCUUUUAAAAGCUAUCUAUGUGCAAAAUUACAGUUUCACCCAACUAUGAUUUGUGUCCAAGCAGGGGACCCUGUGAUGGCUCCCUAAGAAGAGGUAGGGGUCUGAUGGAAAGGCAUAGUUUUGAGAAUACACACCCAAAGAACAGUGGCUUCUUUGCUAUGUGAACGGGCAGGCUCUCCAGGGAACGUGGUGGACAGUGGAGGAAAAGAGAGAACAAGAAAAACUAGAGACUCAGGCAGUGGAGCCAGGCUAAGGGUGAGCCAUGUCAAGGUCACACCCAGACCACAUUCACUGUAGCACGAAUAAUAAAAACAAACCUGGAGCCAGGUAUUGGGAUGAAAGCUGGAAGGUCAGAGAAGCAGAACAAGCCACAGCUUCCUCACCUCGCCAAUUCCUCAGCUGAUCCUGUUUCCUCAGACUGGAAGUUUCUGUGUCCUCAUCCAAAUGGAUCUCAGCUGAACUGCUGCUCAAAAGCCUAAAAGCUUAACCAGCUCUAGUUCCUGGUCCUCACACCUUAUAUACCUUUCUGCUUCCUGCCAUCACUUCCUGGGAUUAAAGGCUCACUUUCUGGGAUUAAAGUUGUGAGUAACCAUGCCUGGCUGUUUCCAGUGUGGCUUUAAACUCACAGAGAUCCAGAUGGAUCUCUGCCUCUGGAAGGCUAGGAUUAAAGGUGUGUGUGCCACCAUUUUCUGGCCUCUAUAUCCAGUGGCUGUUCUGUUCUCUGACCCCAGAUAAGUUUCCUAGGGUGCACAAUAUUAUGGGGAACACAAUAUCACCACAAUUCACUCUUGGAGAGACUUGAAGGGAGUAUGCACUUUGUGAUAGGCCUUUUCAGGAAGUGUACCACCAGAGAAUUCAUGCGUAGUUCAGGCCACAAGGUUGCAUUCAGUGCAUGCCCUAAGCAUGAAUGGCAAGGGUCAGGCCAGUAGCUAAGUUCAGAGCUAAGUGUGUAACCAAGAUCAAGCCUCAUACUGUAACCAUAAUCAGGCUCAGUGUGUGAGUAGAGUCAACUGCUCAAUAUGUGGUUAGAGUAACGGCACACAGUGUGACCAGGAUCAAGACUCAGUGUGUGGGUAGGGUCAAGGAUUAGCUUGCAACCAGAGUCAGGAUCACUGUGUGAACAGAAGCAGAACUCACUGUGUGUCCAAGAUUAGGAAGCGUGACCAGGAUCAGGGCUCAGUGUGUAUCAAGGAUCAAGACUCAGAGUGUGACCAGGGUCAAGGUUCAGCAUGUGGUCAUGAUCAGGCUCAUGUAUGGGCAUAGCUAGACCUCAGGGUGUGGCUAUGAUAAUGCCCUAUUUGGGGACUAGAGUCACCAGAAUGAGUGUUCAGUGUUGGGCUGAGGUCAGAGUUAAGCCUGUGGUGAGAGGUGGGGCUGUAGGAAAAUCAUAGUCACAGUCUUCAAUAUUUGAGAUGAAGUAAGGUUAUUAGGUUACCCUUUGACCAGAGUUUCCCCUCUGGACAUCACUGGUGUUUGGGGCCCAGAGGUUCUGCAAGGUUCUGGUACUGUGGGUGUUGAGCAUAUCUUGGCCUGUGCCCACUAUAUCCAUCCAGUGCCCCCAGGCUGAGCCAACCAGAACUGCCUCUAGGCAUUGAUCCUAGGGGAGGAGGCUUGUUCCAUUCAAGAACUACCGCCUUUAGAAUAUUCACUUCAUAUCAAGCAUGAUCGACAAACAUUUACACACCUGUAAAUAUUUGGGGAAUGACUGUUCCAGCUGGUGCUGGGUGCCGGUGCCUCCAGUGCCGAGACAGAUAAGCAAGGUCUCUCCAGGGGCAGCCAUCAUGGUGGGUGGGAGCAGGCAGACAGUCAUCUAUGGACACAGCCAAGCGGUGGGCACUUACAGCACUCCCUGGACUGGCAGGCUUAUGGCAGGAGGGGAUGUUCUAAGAGGAAAUUCUAGGUGGGCAGAGAACAGGAAAGCAUCCAGGGGAGGGUACCCUCACUCUGUGUGACCUUGAGCAGGAUCUUGCCCCCCUCUCUCUGAGCCACAGGCUCUUUACUGCCAAAGUAGAGAAUUUCCAGGGAAAAGAGGCCAGCCCAGGAGUGCUAGAGAGUCAGGCAGGGGAGAUUACAGAUUACUGCAAGUAGAGUCCAUGGGCCAAUCUGUGGUUGUUGCACGGUCUGGGCAUGGCUGGGACGUGGCAUGUUUCCUUGAGGCUAGAGGGGAAUACUUAACACUCUCUCAUGCCUUAAAGUCCAGGCUGUUCUCAGGGAACUUUUAAGGUGAAGGGGUAAUCAGGGAUCUAUCAGCAGGGGCAAGAGAACACCAGAGACCACUGUCCCUGGUUGUGGGCAAGUGGGUGGCAGCCAUGGCCAGCAUUUCUACCCACUGGCAUCUGGCCAGAACAACAGUGUGCCCAGCAAGGUUACCAAGAGAGCCUGGCUGAAGGAUGAUGGGUGUAGGUGAGCCUCAGGUUGAGACAAACAACAAAGACUACGAAUCACCCCAAAGCCAACAGCUGUAGGAAGCACCAAACCCCUGGAUCUAAAGGCAACUGUGGUCAGAGCUGACUGGGGAAGGCUGACCCACGAGAUCUGUGGCCUCUGCUCAAGAGAGACAGCCACUGCCACUACAGCCCAGCAGGGAGGCUGCCCAGGGAGAGUUGGCCUGACCACUCCCUCCCUGCUCUGUAGGCUGGAUGCCCCCCAGACCACAGAGCAGUGUGCCAGGUGGGUCUGGGGACAGCAGCACAUAUCAAGUGGUGGCCUGGAAGCUGUGUUUCCCGACUCUCUUGUAGCUAAAGUUCCAAGUUGGGGGAUAAACAAGGUCCUGAGGCUAGAUCCCUUAGUCCAGGGCCUGGCAUACUCCAACGCUCUAGGACAUGCUCUUAUGGCUCUCCAAACUCCUCAGUGGCUCUUGGGUCCCUAUCCAAGGAAGGCAACCCCAGAAGAGCCCCUACUCAGUGACACCUUUUAGCAGUCAGUCAUUGUGGCCUUCAAUCCAGGCCUGUUUUCUCAGGGGGCAUGGGCCCCCGGGAAGGCAACACAGCCUUGGUGCCGAGCACUGGGGUCCCACAGAUGCACCUUUGUCUUGGCCAAAAUGACUUGGGGAGUAGAGAACCUCAAGAAAGUAAUGUUUCAGAACUGGCCUCACUCCCCUGAGAAGGGCAGGCACAGUGUGGGUGUCUUAGGAUUUCCAGCCCUUGUUUUGUGGGUGGCUGAGAAAGGGCUUCUAGCAGAGGCAGUGGCCACACCCUGGAUAGGCUGUGCCCUCCAGCACCACAAAGAAGGACACAGGCAGUGGGAGGGGUGGUGUGGGAGAUCAGAUUGGAAUGGGCCGGUCCCUGGGCUUUCACUGGCUCCAGGGAACCUGUCACUGUUGACUGUAGGUAACAGACCCUCCUCCACCAGCUGAAGCCAUAUAAAAAAAAACCCUUUGGAGGCACACUCCCAGCUGCGCAUUGCGACCAUGAAGGCAAUCCUCUUCGUCCUGUUGGCCACCUGCUUGGCCCUGCAGCCCGGUGCCGCCCUGCAGUGCUAUUCAUGCACAGCGCAAGUGAGCAACAGAGACUGCCUGAAUGUGCAGAACUGCAGCCAGGGCCAGAACAGUUGCUGGACAUCACGCGUCCGGGCCAUUGGACUCGUGACAGUUAUCAGUAAGGGCUGCAGCUCAAACUGUGAGGACGACUCGGAGAACUACUACGUGGGCAAGAAGAACGUCACGUGCUGCUCCACCGACCUGUGCAACGUCAAUGGGGCCCCCACCCUGAAGCCAGCCAGCACCCUGGGGCUGCUCACUGUGCUCUGCAGCCUGUUGCUGUGGGGUUCCAGCCAUCUAUAGGCUCUAGGAGAGUUCUACUACAGCCUCUACUGUGCAGGGAUACCCCCCGCCCCCCAACCACCACCACUCCUAGCAUCCACACAAGGGCUGGCCUUCAUCCUGCCUCUCCUGGUGGUGUGCCCUCCUCUCUGCUGCUUUUAUUUCUACAGCUGGCGCUUUGCCCCACGGCCCCCCCACCCACCCACAUCAGCACUGUGCCCUACCAGUUCUGCGCGCUUCUGGCUUCUGCCACAGGACUCCCUCACCACCCUACUCUCCAGGAGCUGAGCCCGUCUGCACAGCGACACUUGGGAAGGGUCUGGUGAAGGCUGAGAUGAGAUGGACUGGGCACAAAUGAGGCUGGGAGGUGGGUGUGAGGUACUGGGAGUCCUAGGAGAUGAGACCCGCUGUGGG